AUGAGCUUCACUGUAAAGACAGACAAAAAUGCAGGUGCGCAUGCAUUGCCCUCUAACGAGGAGCAGACGUCGUCAGCAGCAACAGCAGCAGCAGCAACAGCAGCAGCAGCAACAGCAGCAGCAGCAGCAACAGAAGCAGAAGCAGUAGCGAGCGAUGCGGCUACAGCAGCAGCAGCAUCACGUGAUGCUGCUGCUGCUGCUGCUGCUUCUGAUGCAGCGGUAAAACCCGUAGCAGCUGCUGCUAUGCAGCAAACUGCAGCAGCAGCAGCAGCAGCAGCAGCAACAGAGGCAGCAGCAGCAACGGACGCAGCAGCAGCAGCAGACACAACAGCAGCAGCAGCAGCAACAACAGCAGCAGACGCAGCUCCUCCUGUAGGGGCCCUCAGGUCAACGAAGGAGGCAUCAGCAGCAGCAGCAGCUGAAGCAGAAGCAGCGGCUUCUGCAGCAGCAGCAGCAGCAGCAGCAGCAGCAGCAGCAGCAGCUGCUGCUGCUGCUGCUCAGGAAGACUAUUCUCGUGGGGUGUCGAAAGACACAGACAUGGGAGCUGCAGAACUAGAAGCUGCUGCUGCUGCUGCUGCUGCUGCAGCAGCAGCAGCUGCUGCUGCUCCCGCAGCAGCAGCAGCAGCACAUGGUAACGAUGAUGAUCCUGGUGAGAGGAAGAGGCUGCACCCGCUGACGUCUGAUAGCAGCAGCAGCAGCAGCAGCAGCAACAGCAGCAGCAGCAGCAGCAGCGGCCGCCGCAGCAGCAUCACGUUGAGGAGCAGCAGGCGGCCCCCAUCAUCGGGGCACACCUGCAGCGACGCAGAGACAAGCAGCAGCAGCAGCAGCAGCAGCAGCAACAACAGCAGCAGCAGCAGCAGCAGCAACAGCAGCAGCAGCAGCAGCAGCAGUAGUAGAGAGAUAGGGCUAGAAGAGGCAGCACAGAAGAUGACGCAGGAGGUGGAGAUGGCUUUGGUUAACAGCAAACCCUUCGGCCACGCAAUGUAUGCGCGCUCAGCUAGCAGCAGCAGCAGCAGCAGCAGCAGCAGCAGCAGCAGCAGCAGCAGCAGCGGCAGCGGGGGGAAGGGUGGAAAUGGUACUAGGAGUCUUUCUGCUGUGAUAGGUCAGACACACCAGCAGCAGCAGCAGCAGCAGCAGCAGCAGCAGCAAAAAAGACAACCCCACACAGAUCUAUUCAAAAGACACACGCUGCUGCACCUGCUCUGGCAGCAGCAGCAGCAGCAGCAAAUAGCGCAGCAGCAGCUGCUGCGCCUCUCCCUCGCUAUGUGUGCUGCUGAUACUGAAGAGCCCAUAGAAGCAGCAGCAGCAGCAGCAGCAACAGCAGCAACUGCAGCAACAGCUGCAGCAGCAGCAACAACAGCAGCAGCAGCAGCAAACACCGCAGCAGAAAUACAAAUGCCAGAAGCUACCGCAUCACAGGCAGCAGCAAGUCAAACAGCAGCAGCAGCAGCAGCAGCAGCAACAGCAGCAGCACCAGCUGCAGCAGCAGACCUGCCGGCAGGGCAAACCCAUCCGCAGCAGCAGCAGCAAGAGGAGCUGCAGCAAGAGCAGCGGCAGCAGCAGCAGCAGCAGCAGCAGCGUCACCAGCAGCACCCUCACCAGCACCACCGGCAGCAGCACCACCACCAGCAGCAGCACCACCACCAGCACCACCAUCACCAGCCUCACCAGCAUCACCAGCAGCAGCAGCAGCAGCAGCAUCACCAGCAGCAGCAGCAGCAGCAGCAGCAGCAGCGCAGCAGGUGGUGCUGCCGUGUCUAG